GUGGGUGAUGGAGACACCGAUCACCUCUGCUGGCAGCGGCCGGAGGACAUGACCACAUCACGGCGGGCCUACAAGCUCGACCCGAAAAAUCCGGGCACGGAGGUCGCCGCCGAGACGGCAGCAGCCAUGGCAGCCGCGGCUAUUGUGUUUAGGAGAACAAACCCACAUUACGCGAACCUUCUAUUGGAGCACGCGCAGCAGUUAUUUGAAUUUGGUGACAAGUAUAGGGGCAAGUAUGACGAGAGUAUACCAGGAGCAAAGGGCUCUGUGGCUGUACAAGGCCACCGACAAUAUACAUUUUACUUGAAUUAUGCUAUUGACAAUGCCAUUUCUUACGGUGGGAUCACUUGGGCCAUCUCCGAAUUCAGCUGGGACGUCAAAUAUGCUGGUCUCCAAAUCAUUGCCUCUAUGUUGCCAACGCAAGGCAAAACCGAGCAACAAAAGCAAAUCCUGAAGCAGUACCGCUCGAAAGCAGAACACUACAUCUGUGCUUGCCUGGACAAGAACAGUUUCGCUAACGUGCGACGCACCCCGGGUGGGCUCCUGUACACCCGCCAAUGGAACAACAUGCAGUACGUAUCCACCGCAGUUUUCCUACUCACAGUCUACUCAGAACACCUCAGCUCAACGAAUCAGACGCUCAGCUGCCACGCGGGCUCAGUGGGACCCGCUGAGAUCCUCUCCUUUGUCCAGUCACAGGUGGCCUACAUUCUGGGCUCCAAUCCCAUGGGACUCAGCUACCUGGUCGGAUACGGGCAAGUUUAUCCCCAGAAGGUGCACCAUAGGGGUGCAUCGUACAGAGAUGAUAGCAGCAGGGUUUUUAUAGGGUGUACUCAGGGGUAUGAUAUGUGGUAUGGACGUCAGGACUCUAACCCAAACGUUUUGGUAGGGGCCUUGGUUGGUGGGCCAGAUAUGAAGGAUGAGUUUAGUGAUAGGAGGGGAAAUUAUAUGCAAACCGAGGCUUGCACGUAUAAUACCGCCCCAUUGGUUGGAGUUUUUGCUGGACUAAGUGCACUACAACAGAAGAAUUAAUCGCCUUCUACUCAUGAUUCACUUAUAUUAUCUACAUCAUUUCAUGUUAUGGAAAUUGUAUAGAGAUU